AUGGCGCAGAUACGCGGCACAGCUGGCUACCACCUGGGCAACCAGUCCCCGUUUGGCAAUUCGGGGCGCAACGAUGACAGCAGGAAUGACCCCAGUCCGCUCGAUCAGUUAAGGGCGCAGACGAGCAAGCUCGAGGACAUGCUGGACACUGUCGCCGACCCCAUCAAGCCAUAUCUCCCCGGCAUUGGUCGCUUCCUCAUCGUCGUUACUUUCCUCGAAGAUGCGCUUAGAAUUGUCACGCAAUGGACCGAUCAGCUCACAUACCUCCACGACUACCGCCAUAUUUGGAACGGCGUAACGCAUCUCUUCCUCAUCACAAACAUCAUCCUCAUGUUGGUUUGCUCCUUCGGCGUCAUCUUCCGCAAAUACUCCGAAUUCAGCGUCGCGGGCCUCAUGGCCGUUGUCGUUUUGCAAGGAAUUGGCUAUGGACUCGUCUUCGAUCUCAACUUCUUCCUGCGCAACUUGUCCGUCAUGGGCGGUCUGCUCAUGGUUUUGAGUGACUCAUGGGUUCGCAAGAAGUUCGCGCCUGCUGGUUUGCCUCAGCUCGAUGAAAAGGACAAGAAGAUGUACUUCCAGCUUGCUGGACGUGUGCUGCUUAUCUUCCUUUUUGUCGGAUUCGUGUUCCGUGGUGACUGGGGUUUCUGGAGGAUUAUUGCUAGUCUGCUGGGACUUGUGGCUUGUAUUAUGGUUGUUGUCGGUUUCAAGGCGAAGUUCAGCGCCAUCAUGCUCGUUCUCAUCCUCAGCGUCUUCAACUUGUAUGUCAACAACUGGUGGACGCUGCACCCGCACCACCCCCACAAGGAUUUCGCCAAGUAUGACUUCUUUCAAAUUCUUUCAAUCGUUGGCGGCCUCCUCUUGCUGGUCAACAUGGGCCCCGGACAGUUCUCUGUCGACGAGAAGAAGAAGCAUACCGAAACCAUGGCACCUAACAAGAUCAUCAUAGACACUGACCCUGGCGUUGAUGACAUCCUAGCCAUGCUUCUAGCCUUCUCAGCUAAGAGUGAGGAGCUGGAUAUACUGAUGUUGAGUCUGACUUUUGGCAAUGUCGAGGUGAAGAAUUGUCUGAGAAACGUGGUCACGCUUUUCCAUUAUAUCGAGAAAGAGAGGGCGUGGCGGAAGGAAAUUGGAAGACCAGAAGGGUUUGAAACGUUGAAUGCGAGGAAACCUAUUGUUGCUGUUGGUGCUGAAGAGCCGUUGGCGGAACAUAUGAUGGUGGCAGACUUCUUCCACGGUGUCGAUGGACUCGGAGGUAUACAUCACAGCCACCCCCAUCUCUCGCCUGAAGAGACGUGGAAAUCGCUUUUCACGCCCCAGCCGAAGAACCUUGCGCCCGAAGAAGCUGCAGCGCUGCAGAAGGUCAAGGAGAAGCACUCGCUCUUUACGCCGUCGCUCAAACCUGCACACGAAGUCAUGCUCGACUUGUUGAGGGAGAACGAGCCGGGUACGAUUACCAUUGUAGCCGUUGGACCACUAACGAACCUUGCUAUCGCUGCUGCGAAGGAACCGGAGACGUUCUUGAGAGUCAAGGAGGUGGUUGUCAUGGGCGGUGCUAUCGAUGCGCCUGGAAACCGUUCACCGCCACCUCUGCACCUCAUCUAUUCCGCAUCUACCCUCUCCAUUUCCGUUCCACCAUUCGGCUUGAUAAAACAGCCCAACACCCCUCUUCGAUAUUCGCUAAACAAGCGCAACCAGAUGACACCCGGCGCCGAGUUCAAUACCUACGCCGACUCCAUUGCAUCAGCCCGCGUCUUCGCACUAACAUCUCAAAACCCGCAUCUCACCAUGCCACCCGUCAUCUCCAACGGCAAGAAAGAGCAGCUCCCACCGUAUCCCGAGAAGUUGAGCAAGAGGCUGACGAUCAAAUUGUUCCCGCUCGACACGACCGAGUUGCAUGUGUUGCCCAAGGCCAUGUAUGAAGAUUACAUCAAUCUGAAGCCGAUCAAGGGCAGUCCCAUGGCGGAAUGGACUAGUCUCUUUCUCGAUGCAACGUUCAAGAAGAAUGCGAGUCUGAAUCCGCAGCAAGAUCCUACGAAAGCUGGCCUUCAACUACACGACCCGCUGACUAUUUGGUACGCGCUCUGUCCCAACAAUAGCGCGUGGAAGUUCAAAGAGGAAGAUGUCAGGGUUGAGACGAGUGGGCAGUGGACGAGGGGAUGUACGAUUGUUGAUCGGAGGGGUCGGCCGAUUACAGAGGGACAAGGCGAUUUGAGCGAGGAAGUCGUGGGAGACGCGGGAGGUUGGAGGGAUUCAAGGAGAGGUAAUAGAGUGGGCUGGUGUACGAGGAGUCCCGGGGAGAGCAAGUUUGGAAGAAUCUUGUUGCACCGGGUGCUGGGGGAUGGGGAACAGUGGUAG